UUUUGAGGUUUUGAGGCGUUUAGUUUAAUUGUUUUGUCCGGUGCCGUGAUUCCAUUACCCUUUUAUAUAUAUAGACUAGCUGUGCCCGGCCACGUGUUGCUGUGGCUAGGACUUAAUUUUUCUUUUCUUUUUGUUGUAUGAACGUAGAGGCGUGGAUGAGAGGUUGUGCUGUCAAUUUUUGAGGUUUUGAGGCGUUUAGUUUAAUUGUUUUGUCCGGUGCCGUGAUUCCAUUACCCUUUUAUAUAUAUAGACUAGCUGUGCCCGGCCACGUGUUGCUGUGGCUAGGACUUAAUUUUUCUUUUCUUUUUGUUGUAUGAACGUAGAGGCGUGGAUGAGAGGUUGUGCUGUCAAUUUUUGAGGUUUUGAGGCGUUUAGUUUAAUUGUUUUGUCCGGUGCCGUGAUUCCAUUACCCUUUUAUAUAUAUAGACUAGCUGUGCCCGGCCACGUGUUGCUGUGGCUAGGACUUAAUUUUUCUUUUCUUUUUGUUGUAUGAACGUAGAGGCGUGGAUGAGAGGUUGUGCUGUCAAUUUUUGAGGUUUUGAGGCGUUUAGUUUAAUUGUUUUGUCCGGUGCCGUGAUUCCAUUACCCUUUUAUAUAUAUAGACUAGCUGUGCCCGGCCACGUGUUGCUGUGGCUAGGACUUAAUUUUUCUUUUCUUUUUGUUGUAUGAACGUAGAGGCGUGGAUGAGAGGUUUUGCUGUCAAUUUUCGAGGUUGUGGGGCGUUUAGUUUAAUUGUUUUGUCCGGUGCCGAGAUUCCAUUACCCUUUUAUAUAUAUAGAUAUAGGGCAGUCACAACAAUAAAGACGAAUGGUCGUCUGGUGAUGAAAAAUGCAUUUAGGAGAUGUCACGCCUUGUUGUUUGAACGGGGAAUUUUUCUCGAGAAUUUUGAACUUUGCGAGCUGACGAGUUGCACCUGCCAAGAUUUCCUCUUCAACCCAAACCUUGAGCCAAGUCUCGCUCAACUCAAGCGACAGGCGUUGCUGCUUCUAGACGGAGCCGCUGCGCAUAGAUUGAGUCUCGCACUCGGCAGAGGGAGCGGGGCAGAGGAGCAACGCGAGUAUAGAACUGGGUGCUUUAUUUGCUCCCCGAAACCUUCCUCGAAAGACCGAAAACCUUUCGCUGAGCAAAACACGACUGCUUUUGAGUUCAAGGGAACUUGGAAACAUGUGGGAUACGAACCUGCGCUUGGACCACGGCAGUUGAAGCUUUUGGUGGUCUUCAAAGCUCCGUCUUGGAUGGUGGCACCAGAAGAUGCCUCAUGGUGAGAAGAUGAACCUCUCCGUCUUCCCACCGUCUCCCAAUCUCACCCAGGAACCGACCACGUCUUCCUCGGGCGGUGGCUACUCCUCGUGGGAGGUGGCACUGAUCGUGUUCAUCACCGGGGUCCUCUCCUUGGUCACCGUGGUGGGGAACCUUCUGGUGAUGAUCUCCUUCAAAGUCAACCGGGAGCUGAAGACCGUCAACAACUAUUUCUUGCUAAGCUUGGCCGCCGCCGACCUCGUCAUCGGCACCAUCUCCAUGAACCUGUACACGACCUACAUCGUCAUGGGUCAGUGGAUAAUGGGCUCCUUGGCCUGCGACCUGUGGUUGGCCCUGGACUACGUGGCCAGCAACGCCUCCGUCAUGAGCCUCUUGCUCAUCAGCUUUGACCGCUACUUCUCCAUCACGCGGCCCCUCACCUACAGGGCCAAGCGGACCCCCAGGCGGGCGGCGGUGAUGAUCAGCAUGGCUUGGUUGAUCUCCUUCGUCCUGUGGGCCCCGGCCAUCUUGUUCUGGCAGAAGGUCGUCGGGGAGCGGACGGUGGCCGACCACGAGUGCUACAUCCAGUUCUUCUCAGAGCCCAUCAUCACGUUCGGGACGGCCAUUGCCGCCUUCUACCUUCCGGUCACCAUCAUGGUGGUGCUCUACUGGAGGAUCUACCAAGAGACACAGAAGCGGGCCAAGGAGCUGUGUGGACUCCAAGGCUCAGAGUUCAGUAAGAGCUUAGCGGUGGCCUCCAGAACCACCAGGAGUGGAGGAAGCGGAAGUAGCAGCAGCUCGGAGCCUCCUCAACCUCUCGCUCCUCCUCCAACAUCUGGAGAACGUCCUCUGCAACGGUGCUGCUUUGCGGGGCCAAAAACGGAGGAGGUCUUCUUGGACCAGAGUAGCAACGGGAGCUGGAACACCACCGAGGACGAAGACGCCGGAGAGGCCUCCGCCGACUCCUUGACGUCGUCCGAAGGCGAGCAGCAGCCCUUCGAGCUCCACAACGUCUGCUCCGCCGUCAUUCGUCUUCCCAUGAUCGGCACCAUCGUGCAGACCUCCAAGGAGACGCAGCACAAGGAGCCCAAGACGGCAACUGGAACGGUCUUGGUCGUGAUCCCGAAACCACCGCUGGGCCUGGACAAGAGACUCAAGAACGUGGUUUUAAUGGAGAAGAACCAAGGGAGGAAGAGGAGGAGGAGGAGGAAGAGGAGGAGCCUCUCCAAGCGGAGAACCCUCUCGCUGAUGAAGGAGAAGAAAGCGGCCCGGACCCUCAGCGCCAUCCUCUUGGCCUUCUUGAUCACGUGGACACCCUACAACAUCAUGGUGCUGGUCUCCACCUUCUGCGAGGGCUGUGUCCCUCAGAGCCUCUGGGAGCUGGGCUACUGGCUCUGCUACGUCAACAGCACCGUCAACCCCAUGUGCUAUGCGCUGUGCAACAGGUCCUUCCGCACCACGUUCCGGAGGCUACUUCUGUGUCGUGGGGUCCAGCGCCCAUAAAAGAAGAGGUUGGAGAAUCCAUGGGAAAAGGAACCGUUCUCCUGGGCAAUUCAGUAGAACGUUGGGUUGCGGGACAUGAAAGCCUGGUUGGAGAACCUAGAACCACGUUCAACUGUCAGCUCACCGGAUGUUUGGUUGCGGGGCAAACCUACAACCACGUUGGUAAACCUAGAACCGCAUUCAACUGUCAGCUCACCGGAUGUUUGGUUGCAGAACAAACCUAGAACCGCAUUCAACUGUCAGCUCACCGGAUAUUUGGUUGCAGAACAAACCUAGAACCGCAUUCAACUGUCAGCUCACCGGAUAUUUGGUUGCAGAACAAACCUAGAACCGCAUUCAACUGUCAGCUCACCGGAUAUUUGGUUGCAGAACAAACCUAGAACCGCAUUCAACUGUCAGCUCACCGGAUAUUUGGUUGCAGAACAAACCUAGAACCGCAUUCAACUGUCAGCUCACCGGAUAUUUGGUUGCAGAACAAACCUAGAACCGCAUUCAACUGUCAGCUCACCGGAUAUUUGGUUGCAGAACAAACCUAGAACCACGUUCAACUGUCAGCUCACCGGAUGUUUGGUUGCGGGGCAAACCUACAACCACGUUGGUAAACCUCAAAGGCCAUCUAGAUGGUUUCAUAAGACCAUCAGUAAGCCAAGAGACUUCCAAAGACCAUCUACAUGGUCUUAUCGGACCAUCGGUAAGGAAAGGGACCCUCAAAGGCCAUCUAGUCGGUCUCAGGACCAUCGGUAAGAAAAGAGACCUCCAAAAGCCAUCUAGAUGGUCUCAUAAGGCUGUGGCUGAGCAAAGAGACCUUCAAAAACCAUCUAGACGAUCUCCUAAGACCAUAGGUAAGAAAAGUGACCUCCAGAAGCCAUCUAGAUGGUCUCAUAAGGCCGUAGCUAAGCAAAGAGACCUUCAAAGACCAUCUAGACAAUCUCCUAAGACCAUAGGUAAGCAAAGAGACCUCCAAAGCCCAAGUAGACUUUGAGGUCUACCCUUAGUCUAAAGUUUAGGACAGGGACCAGGCCAAUGACGGGCCUGAGUUUGAGGACUCCUGAAGUAGUGCAUCUAGCCAUGUCUUUCUCAAACCCAACUCUGGAUGUACAAGAGAUAUUUUGGAAGCUCCAGUCCCUUAGAAAAAAGGAUUUGGAAAUGAUGGCAAGUCUUCUAGUCCAACCAAUGUGCCGGAAAUCCAUGACGAAAGCAUCCCUGGCGUUGGUUAUCUCACCUUUUCUUUUUAGACUUCUAAUGAGAUUUCACCACUUUCCUCGAUUGCUCCAGUUUUAAAAGCAAGGAUAUAUUGUGGUUCUUAGUCUGCAAUAAAUUUUAUAAAUAUUAAA